GUGAUGUGAUACAGCUGGGAGAGGAAGAGGAUUUAUAAGAUACAGAGUCUGAGCAAAGCAUUGGCAUCUAGAGAAGCAAAGAAAGUGAUUAUGCAGCAGUGUAUGGUGAACAAACCAGGCCCAAAGCCUGUCUUCUGUUGUCCUACUAUAGGAUGCAAGGCAACAUUCUGCAAAAAACUGAGAUUGCAAGAACAUAUGGUUAAACAUACUGGACUGAAACCAUUUCGGUGUGACCAGCUGGGGUGUGGGAAGACAUUUAUCCGAAAAUCCAAACUACACGAUCACUGGCAAAAGCACCAGGGUGUGAAGAAGUAUGUUUGCUCAGCUGCUGAAUGUCGAGCAGCCUUUGUAACUAAACAGAUGUUGAAACAUCAUCGGCAGCAUAAACAUGGAAAAACUGCCUCCCUAAAGUGCUCAGUUUUUGGGUGUUCCAAAAUCUUUCAUAAGAAGAGAGCUUUAAAAAAUCACUUGUCGGUGCACAGAGCUGAACCCUGCUUUGCUUGUAAUCACGCAGUUUGUGAAUGGAAAGGUUCAACUAGUGCAAGUCUUACAACCCAUCGCCGACGCCAUGCAGGGUACUGCUGCCCUUUCCCUGGUUGCCAAGCUAAAUCUCCAACCUGGAGUGCUCUACAGAAACACAGAAAACAACAUCCUUUGGAACUUCAAUGCCCAAAGUGUAAAAAGUCUUUUAAAAAAGAGGCUGCUCUGCAGAGACACAAAGAGACCCAUCUGGACAAAAAAAUCACUGUGGCCUGUCCCAGAAAAGACUGUACACAGACAUUUACUACAGUCUUCAACCUGACGCAUCAUGUAAGAAAGGAUCAUCUAUGCUUGCAGCCUUACCGUUGUUACCAUGCUGGCUGUAAUGGCACCUUUGCCAUGAGGGAAAGUCUGCUUAGACAUCUUGUGGUUCAUGAUCCUAACAGGGAGAAAAUGAAGCUCAAAUUCAACUUUAAGCCAUCAAAGAAGCAUUUAAGAGGAGCCCUCUGCCAAAUCCCUGUAGUGGAGGAAGAUUUGAGUCAUCUAUUUAAUCAGAAACUUUGCUUCCGGAGUAAAACAAUCCUGGAGAGUAACCUGUCCAUACUCUUCAAUGAACGUCUGUUACGUGAUCCUGUGGAGCCAGAAGUUAACCUCAGUAACCUCUUCCAGCUUGUAUCUGCCCAUGCUGGGAAAGGUGGCUUAAAGGUCUGCAAAUGAAUCUUCAUCAAUUUAUCAGUAUCUAAAACUUAUUGAGAGGUAUCAGAUUUCUAAAUCUUUAGACCACAUCGGCUUGGAUGUUUGUAAUAAUAUUAAUUUGACAAAUGAGGUCCAUCUUUGCUUAAGUUAUAAAAGAUGGAAAGCGGCAGGAGAUCCUGCAGACCUCAUUAUAAUUGAGAAAUGUAAGGCCUGCUUAAAAAUGUUCAUGUUAAAACAUUUCCUACAGGGAGCCUGUGUUUGCAUAACCUGAUUUAUUUGUAGCAAAUGUGUGUGCUUUUUUUUUUGCCAAAGAACUCUGAGAAUGAUGUGGUCAUGUCAAGAGGACAAUCUGUUUUUAUUUAUUCUGGUCAUGUCGGAGGACAAUAAAACUUUAUUUAUGCCAUG